GGCUGCCAGGGGAGCGGCCGGGCGCACGCCGGCUCCUGCGCGCGCCGCCCCAGCCAUGGCCGCGCUCGGCCACCCCGCCGCCUUCGGCCGGGCCACCCACGUCGUGGUGCGGGCGCUGCCCGAGUCCCUCGGGCGCCUGGCGCUGCGGAGCACCCAGGGCGAGGAGGUGGACUUGGCGCGCGCCGAGCGGCAGCACCAGCUCUACGUGGACGUGCUGGGCGCGAAGCUGGGGCUGCAGGUGGUGCAGCUGCCGGCCGACGAGAGCCUCCCCGACUGCGUGUUCGUGGAGGACGUGGCCGUGGUGUGCGAGGAGACGGCGCUCAUCACCCGCCCCGGGGCGCCGAGCCGGAGGAAGGAGGUUGACAUGAUGAAAGAGGCAUUGGAAAAACUUCAGCUCAACAUAGUAGAGAUGCAAGAUGAAAAUGCAACCUUGGACGGUGGGGAUGUCUUAUUCACAGGCAGAGAAUUUUUUGUGGGCCUUUCCAAAAGGACAAAUCAACGAGGUGCUGAGAUCUUGGCAGAUACUUUUAAGGACUAUGCCGUGUCCACAGUCCCAGUGGCCGACUCUUUGCAUCUGAAGAGCUUCUGCAGCAUGGCUGGGCCGAACCUCAUUGCAAUUGGAUCCAGUGACUCUGCCCAGAAGGCCCUCAAGAUCAUGCAGCAGAUGAGCGACCACCGCUACGACAAACUCACUGUGCCUGACGACACGGCCGCAAACUGUGUGUAUCUCAAUAUCCCUGGCAAAGGCCACGUCCUGCUGCACCGAACCCCAGAAGAGUAUCCCGAGAGCGCGAAGGUCUACGAGAAGCUGAAGGACCACCUGCUGAUCCCAGUGAGCCACUCGGAGCUGGAAAAGGUGGACGGGCUGCUCACCUGCUGCUCAGUUUUCAUCAACAAGAAGGCAGACUGCUGAGCUGCGCCGCCCGGGCCGGCGGCCCUGCCGAGAAGGCGGUCCGUCCCGUCGCGUGGACAAUCUCCUCCGCCACCCUCGCGCCACUAACUCCCGCAGCCAAGUCUAAUCGCUUCGUUCUGCACCUCCCCCCCCCCACCCCCGCAGUGGUACCUAAACUGUGGAUUUGCUCAGCGAAUUAAGCAAUCUAGAAAAUCUAGACCGAAUGAAGUAUUGAAAUGAUGAAUAUGCUAGUAAGGAGACUCAUUGUGGUGAUUGUAUUCGCAGCGUGAGAAUCAUUUAGUUGCCAGUUCGUGCGGAGGAACAGCUCCGGGAUCAGUCAGAUGAGCUGGCUUGGUUUUUUCUGUGUCAUUAAUCAUCCUUGGCUCGUGUGACACUCCCUGGUCCAUGGAUCCUCCCCUUGCCCUCUUUUCUUUCUUCCGGAGUCUGAAGACUUUCCCCACUUCUCCCGCUUCUGCCAUAGUCACCUUGACCUUUGGGCAGGAUCCGGGGUCCUGCCUUCUGCAUACCUCCUUUCAGGUCAGACCCUGUCUCUCAUCAGUCUUCUCUGCCCGGCGGCUGCAUCUUCCGCCCCCACCCCCACUGUCCCCCAGAGGACAAAACAGGCCCCUCGCAGAACCACAACCCUGUUUGGGGGUGAGCUCACUGACCCGAGGCGCAUUCUGGGGGGGGGGGGGCUACAGAUCUAAAUCCAGCAGAAGCAGGGCACCACGCCCUCCGUGGGUCUCUAGGGGACUGAGUCGGGAAGCCUGGGAACAUCUCACAGUUCCGACACUUUAGAAAUUCUUCAGGUCGCAUUCCAUGGAUUUUUGCCUCCUUACUGGUCCUCUGCAGACCUUGGGGAAGAGACUUAUCUUUGCCUUUCAACUCACUUCCACUUCCCCCCAUUGUGACUCACCCCGUGACCAGCCUUCUCCCCUGUACCAUUUUCCUGAUCCUCAAAGUUCUCUCUUUCGAAAGAGACAUUGCAUCUAAAAACGAAGAGGGAGGGCCUGGCGUGAGCCACAUGGCACAUGUUCAGGACAUGGGCGCCUUGGUGCUUGAAACCAGCGGCAGACCACAGCCAACUCUGCUGGGAAAUACCCGCGAGUAUUUGCUGUGGAUUCGGUCAGAACGUCUUUCCUCUCUAGGCUUCCAUUACACCCCUCACACUGACACGAAGCUCGCCGCAAAGAACAGCGCCGCAGCGAAGAUAGUUGUCUUUUACUUAAACCCGAAAGAGUCUGCCUUUUGGGGGCCACGGCCGUGGCCCCCUCCAAGGGACGGUGACCCAUCAGGCUUGUGCUCCAACCCCCGCCCAUUGCCUCUUUCCUGUCCCGCCUGUGGCUCCUCCCGAACCAGGGAGGGUGGGAAACGCCGCCCCAGGUGUCACUCUGCUCCCCCACGUGUUCGUCACCAACCAGCCGUCCUGUUCGGGACCCAGAGAGAUCGCCUGCGUUCACUUCGCCUCCCCAGGCAAAGGGCAGGAUAAAACCCCCGCACAAAGCAAGGCAUCCUUAACCACCGUCUCUUUCACGUGUUUGGUAGUUUUAUGUCAUAACUGGAAGAAACUCCCUCCCCUCCUUCUUUUUGCUUCACUUUAAAAUUCGUAUCACAUGGAAAUAUCAUAACUUUAUGCAUCCGGUGACUGGAACAUAUUGCUGUUGUAUUUCCAACCGCCUCAUCGUGGGUGAAUGAUAUGUUUUUCCCAGAGAGAAUGAAUGCUCCCCACAUGCCCAGGCUAAUGAGGGUAAAUUGUCCUCAGCUUUUACGGGUGCCCCUCUGGGUUAAAUCCCAGCCCUGACGCUGCAAAAGCAGAAGUCCUCCCUGGGAGUUCAGCAUCUCAGAAACAACCACCGGAAACUAACUCAUCAGCCACUCUAGGCUUCACAGUAGAGCUAACCGGCAAGUGAGUUUCAUACCCUAAUUCCAUCAUCCCGAAUUAAAGAACUCUUCCCUGUUACGUUUGAUCCAUUGUGCGUGAAGCGAUUUUCCUUUGGGACAGUUUGUCCUGCGGAAGCCUGUUCUCACUUCCCUCUCCUCUGCUGCUUUCCACCGUUCCUUCUCUUCAUCACAGGAAAUCACUCAGAUCUAGUGCCUCUCUACAGAGUCUUGCUCCACACUCCGCUACGCCGCCUACCAGCCUGGCUUCUCUGAGCUCCUCCUGUGAUAGGAUGUGAAAACCCAGACUAAUUUGCAGCAUCGUAGUAUCAGGCCUCCGAUGCACGCAUCAGCCUGCUGUUGUCUUGGAAGAGGAAGGAUAGUCGCUCACCCCAUUAGGCAGGUUCUCCUCUUGUCCCUUGUAUCUUACAAGGAUAAAGGAGCUACUCUUGGACAUUAUAAAGGCGUUAGAAAUUGUAUUUAGCUAAUUAAAAGUUGAGUCAGAAUCACUUGGUCAGUAAGAUUCAUCCUACUAAGGACUGUAGAGACGAGUGCAUGAGUCGGGAUUAUUCUUCAGCUGUGAUGGACUGCUGUAGAAAUCAGCAAGCCGUCUCUCCCGGGGGUGCUGACUGCUCUUUCAAGCUACUCCCAACGGAUUGCCAAGGCCAUCUCUUCCUCUCGAAGGGGGACAUAGUCUGUAGAUGAACGACGGGGCAUGUAGAGUUGCAUGUUAGUCUCUGUCAUUACUUACUUGCUAACGUGCUCCAGAACUCACGUGUGGGCUCCACAUGCCGUUAGAUUUGUGCGUUUUAUCUUACCAUCCUGUUGCAGCCAGUGUUCAGUUAUCUGCUCUGUGUGCCAAACCAGUAAUGCCUUUCACGGCCCUUUAGUCCAGACAAGAUCUGCACUGAUUAGUCUUUGCUGACCUGAUCUUACAAGUUUACCAAUCACAAUGGAAUAAAGUGUGAGUUGUACUGUGA